AGAGAGGACUUGGUGAAUUUGGUAGUGAAGUUAGUAAAGAUAAAAUAGUUAUAAUAAUAGAAGCACCAUUAGGUGUAGUUGUGAAAAUAGAUGCAAUGAUAAAGGGUUUGUUGCAGUCGUUGAUAAGUAUUGAAUAUAAUAGUAAUAAGUGGUCACUAUCUGUGUUGAAUGACAAACCAGCCAAAAAAUCAAAUGCGCCAAUGAAAUAUGAAGAUCAAAGAAAAAGUAUGAGCAUUAUUGAAACCACCAAUGAACUGUUCUGUAUUAAAGUUGUUAAAGAGGGAUGGUGUAUAGAUUCUGAAAUAAUGAACCCUGAA